CGAUGCAAGCUGCCAUAAACAAAAACACCUCGUUCACUUGACAUACGUUGCAUGCCACUUUUCACUUACUCUUGACCUUGUACUUGAAUCUUUUGUGCCUAUUGAUCGUCAUUUCUGUUUUUCAAGACGAAUCAUAAUGUCGAUCAGUAUCAGAAUAUGUGGACAGGGGUUUUUUCUCCAUGAUAAGUUGAGAAAAUUGGGCUGGCUGAUGGCCGGGGAUGGGGCUGUAUCGUAUUUCGCUAAUAUCUCUAUCGGUUUCACUACCGCGGACUUGGCACCUAUUAUGAUGUUGAUGGCGGCGCUGUCAUGUGCACUUUGCUUUAUCAUACGAUCGUUAGAACUUCUUCAUAAACAUGGGAAGAUCAAGUUCAGCCUUUUUAGUGACAAGAGACAAUUAGUCGCCAUUGUUAUCUUUCUCACCGGAGGUGGAGGAUUUGUGUUCGGAGUAUGUGGUCUAGUCCGGUACAUCAUUGUCCUUGAACCAAUCUUCGCUAAUCCAUAUUUAUUUACUUUGUGGCAAAAAACAGAUUCCGCACAACAAUUCUAUUGGGCUAUCAACGGGGUGAUAGCUACAGCUAUCAAUACUGUCGUCGCUAUUGUGCAGAUCAAGAGGAGUGGCCAGGUACAGGUCGAGCAAGGACAUGGUUAAAUUGUUACUUUUUAUAAGAUUGUGCACUUCUGAUCAGUAAAUCCAGAGAAAUGUAAUGUUUUCGUUAGAAACUUUGCGUUAGAAAUGAUUUUUGUAGCAGUUUAAGUGUCUAGUACAGUAUUUUAGUUUUGGUUUAGAUUUUUAUUUGAAUGUAAAUGUUUGCUAUUUUAGCGCGAGUUUAUAAUUUGAUAGAUAACAAUGUAUUAUAUUAUGUAUAAUAACAAACUGUAUACACCAUUUAAAUAUUCAAAACCCCACGAAGGAAAUAAGACAUCCUAAUAUGGUGAUCACUAUCAGUGCAGACCAAACAGCAAAA